AUGACAGAUAAUAAAGAUCAAGAUAACCCUCCGUCUAAAACUUCUGUUCAAACAGACGAUACCAAUGAUUCGAAUUCCACAGAUCAUAAUGUACAAUCAAAUGAUAAUGGACAGGUUCUGAAACAACAUUACCUUCAGCAACAACAGCAGUACCAAAUGCAAAUGCAGAUGCAAAACGUUAUGCAGAAUGUAAUGCAACAACAGCAGCAACAACAAUAUAAUCAGGACUAUAAUAACAGUGGUCGUAUUAAUCGGUAUAAUAAUAACAGUGCCUAUAGUAGCUCUAAUAAUAAUUACAACAAUAAUUCGAAUUACAACAACAACAAUUAUAAUAAUUCUAAUAAUAACUAUAAUAAUUCCAAUAGAAGUGGUUAUAGAAAUAAUCAACAUAGAAACAAUAAUAAUUCCAAUUCAAAUAACAACAGUAAUAGAUAUGGGAACAAUUCUAGGUUGAAUAAUAGUAAUAAUUCUAAUAAUUCUAAUUCUAGUAAUAAUAACAACAACAACAAUAAUAAUAACAAUAACAAGUAUAUGAAUAACAAUAACGGCCAGAGAUAUCAGAAUAAUGGGUAUAACAAUAACAGCAACAACAACAAUUCACAUGAUCACCAUCAUAACAACAAUAAUAACCGUUCAAAUAAUAACCAGAUGUAUAGAUCUUAUAGGUCAAAUGUUUAUAAUGGUAAUAAUAAUGAAAUGACACCAAAUGUUCAAUGGGGUAAUUAUUAUGGUUUUGCUCCAAUGUAUUAUAUGCCAACCACUGUGAUGAAUCCAAUGGCAGCAGCAGCAGCAGCAGCCGCAGCAUCAUCAGGUCAAAUGCCGACUCAUUUAAAUAUGAAUGAUAUGAAUGAAAUGAGUUCAAAUUCGAAUUCAAAUAACACUUCAAAUGGUGGUUCGUCUAAUGGCUCAAAUAUUAACCUGUCUAAUAGUAAUAAUUCAAACAAUAAUAAUCAAACUGAUCUACAAUCACCUGGUCGAACAUCUCCACCUCAUCAUAUGCCGACAAAGAAAAUUGAAAUCACUACAAAAUCUGGUGAACAUUUAGAUUUGAAAGCAAUGCAUUCACAACAUGUAAAUUCUAAAUUGGAUAAUAACUCAAAAGUUCAACAUGAUGAUAGCACUACAUUAUCAAAAACUAAUACAAAUAAUGACAAUGCAAACGAUUUAAAACUACAAACUACAAUUUCUAAUUCAAAGCCAAGUACAGAGAAUGAAUCUAUCGACUCCAAACAUCAGCCAUCCUCUGAUGCCAAAAUAGAUACAAAAGAGGAUGCUACUGAACUUGUGGAAGAUAUUAUGAAAGAAAAUAAAGAAGAUAUUGCUACAAGAACAAGAAAGACAUUUUUAGAACAGGCUAGAUUACGUAAAGCUGAAUUAGAAAGAAAGAGAAAGAAUGAUAUGCCAAAAUCAUCCUCUGUUGAAGAAACCAAAAAAGAAAAUGGUCGUAAAUCUGAUGAUACAACAGUGGCAAUGACUAACGAUGCUCCAGAAACCAUUAGCUCUUCAGCCAAUAACGAAGUUACCGCUACUUCAAAUACUGAAGGAAAAAUAAUGCAACAAGAAACGACUAAUGAUAAAAUUGAUAUUCAAGAAGAAUCUAACGUAGAUGAAGAUAAAAUCGAUAAAUCUAAGGACAUUGAAAAAAAAACAUUGAGUUUUAUGGAAAAGAUAAAAUUAAAGAAACAAAAAGAAAAAGAAAAUGAAGAAAAAUCGAAAACAACACAAUCAAUUCCAACCAAUGAUCCAACUCCAAAGACAGUUGAAAAUGUAAAUACCUUGCAAGAAGUUAAACAAGAAGAUAUAAAUACUGCUGCUGCUAAAACUGAACCCCGUUCAGAUAACGAAAUUUUAAAAGAACCUUUAUUAUCUAAAGUUAAUACAAACACUAAAAAAGAAGUCCGUAUUGAAGAACCAGAAAAAUAUGGAGAGAAUGAUGGUACAGAAAAUAAUGGUACUAUUUUAGCAGUAGAUACAACCGGAAAAGAUGAAGAUACUGAAAAGAUUGAUAUAUCUGAAAAUAAGCUGCCUUCAGGUUAUAUAACUUUCACUGCUUUACUUGACAAAUUAAAGUCUGCUAAGCCAAUUGAUGAUAUCUAUACUUUUAAAUAUCCAUCAGGAAUAGAAAAUCCUGCAUGUGAUUAUAAGAGAGAACAUAUUAAAUAUUCUUAUGGCCCUGCAUUUUUGCUACAAUUUGAAGAUAAAGUCAAAGUUGUUGCUGAUCCUGAGUGGGUUGCUAAUGUUAGAUCUAAAAUUGUUAUUACAGAUAAUAUGAUGAUGAAUAGAAGUAGAUCCUCAAGAGAUACUGGUAGAUAUAAUUCAGCUAAUAGCAAUGCUCCACCUACGAUGGGUAGCCGUUUAAAUAGCGUUAAUGAAUUUAGAAAUUCUUCUAUGAGAAAUGAUGGCAGAUCUAACUCUCGAGCAUCAUCAAGGAGAAACACAAGGAGAAUGGAUGAGAGAAAAUCUAAUAGAGGCUAUACUUCUAGAAGAGAUCGUGAAAGAAACGCUGAAAGACAAUAUACACAACAACAGCAACAACAUUCCUUUGAACAAAAAGAAUCAGAAGAACCAAAGGUUGAAGUGGCUCCUUUAGUUGCAUCCGCUAAUAGAUGGGUUCCAAAGUCUAGAAUGAAGAAAGUAGAGAAGAAAUUGGCUCCAGAUGGUGUUACUGAAUUAUUAUCCAAAAAGGAAGCAGAAAGAAAUAUGAAGUCAUUGUUAAAUAAAUUAACUUUGGAAAAAUUCGAAAAACUUUCUGGAGAUAUUUUAAAUAUUGCCAAUCAAUCUAAAUGGGAGGAGAAUGGUGAAACUUUAUCUGUUGUCAUUGAGGAAGUAUUCCACAAAGCAUGUGAUGAACCUCACUGGUCUUCAAUGUACGCUCAAUUGUGUGGUAAGUUAGUCAAAGAUAUAAAUACAGAUAUUGUUGAUGAAAAGACACCGGGAAAGAAGGGACCUAAAUUAGUUUUACAUUACUUAGUUGCCAGAUGUCAUGAGGAAUUUGAAAAAGGUUGGUCAGACAAGUUACCCACUAAUCCAGAUGGUACUCCAUUAGCCCCAGAAAUGAUGUCAGAUGAAUAUUACCAAGUUGCAGCUGCUAAGAGAAGAGGUCUAGGUUUGGUACGUUUCAUUGGUUUCUUGUAUCGUUCUAAUUUGUUAUCGGGCAAAAUGAUGUUCGAAUGUUUCAGAAGACUAAUGAAAGAUUUGACAGACACUCCAACUGAAGAGACUUUAGAAUCAGUCAUUGAAUUAUUAACAACAGUUGGUGAACAAUUCGAGACCGAUAGUUUUACAGCUGGUUCUGGAAUUCUUGAAGGUUCUGUAUUGCUGGAUAGUUUAUUCGUUUUGAUUGGAAAGAUUAUUGAUAAAGAGGAAUUAUCAUCUAGAAUAAUAUUUAAAUUAGUUGAUAUCAAAGAGUUAAGAGAAGAAAAGAAUUGGAAUAAUGAAAAGAAAAACGAUGGCCCAAAGACUAUUCAACAAAUUCAUGAAGAAGAUGAAAAACAACGUAGAUUGAAGAAUGCAAGCAUAUCGAAAAAUUCUUCCAGACGUAUGAACUCAAGCGUAAGUAAUAGAAAUGCAUCGGGAAUGAAUAGUAAUAGAAACCACUCUAGUAUGCCUCAUAAUAAUAAGCACGGCAGUUCAAGAAGAGAUGGACCACAAACAUCUAGAGAUAAUUUUAUAACUACAGCAAGAUCCACUUCUCAAGGUCGUAAUACUCAAAAAGCUGCUCCACCUACAAAGGAAAAACCAAAAAAGGUUCCAACUAAAAAGAAUAUGUUUGCAGCAUUAAUGGAUGACGAUGACGAUGACGAUGAAGAGGAUGAAUGA